UUUCACAGUGCCACGAAUUUCAAUCAAGAGAUCUAAGCUCAACAGUGGUCCACAAGUAUUAAACCGAAGUACAUCGUCUUCCCAACACUCAUUGAUCAAAGUUUCGCCACUAUGCGGCUGGGGCGAACCACACUAUUCGCUGUCCCACAUUUGCAUAUGGCCCAAUCGGCCAAGUCCGUCUUCAUUUUCUUCUUCUGGCCUUGCACAGCGCUCCGUGAAUUUCCCACCGCGGUGUGCCCUCAUUAUCACAACAAUGCAACGGAGCCGGCCGUCCGGCACAACUUAGACAGUACGACAUCUCAUCAAUGGCGUCAUCAUAGGGCUACCCGACCUAUCAUACUCACGAUAUGGCGAAAUUUGAGUCCCCUGAUUGCCGCCUAUCUGAUAUCAAAAUCACAUUGUCACUUGACUCUGUCAGCUGAAACGUCUAUCAGACGUUUAUCUGACAGUCUCUAUCGUGAGUCUCACGAUUCCGACGGUAUUGCAGGUCCUGCGAGUCCAAAGGAAUAUACGGAUGUCCCCCAGGUGACAAGGUGCGAGAUCAACGCGAAAGUUGCGUCACGGCACCGAACUCAAGACCACUUCUUUGUCACCUUCAAAUAUCUAUCUCUUCAGGGAUGUAAAACUCGUGUUCGACUUUACGGCAACCACCAUCAUCACAUCACAUGCACGUGAAUGAUUUCAUCGAUGUAACUGGACAUCCAUCAGAUACCGUACUUCCCCCGAGUAUGACGAAGCACGCCACGCCGCUCUCACAACGUACAUCGUUCAUAAUGAACAACUUCUUUCCAGCAAAUUAAGAUCGCGAUGUUCAUUUCCUUGCCUCCUGAAAAGAACUCUCGCGGUGUGAGAUACAAGAUACAAAAUCCUCGUAUCUUAGACCGCGCGUCACAUGGAACGCUUCACGGAGUCGGAGCGUCGUAUCCUGAGAUUCGAGCGUUCACCUCUAACGCAUGC